GACACGCCUUAAGUUUCAGGCUUAUUUCUAUAUAAGUUAGCAGAAUAUGGGCGCAUGUAUUUCAACAAGUCCCCAUCUUUAGAUCAAAUCCACUUUGUGCACACAAAAACAGGAAAAACGAAUAAAAAUGAGGGUGGCGGUGAUCGGAGGUGGGGUAAGUGGAUUGGGAAGUGCUUACGUUCUUGCAAGAGAUGACGCAGUUAAGGAGUUGGUGCUGUUCGAAAAGGAGGACUCUCUGGGAGGUCAUGCUAGAACGAUGCGUUUUGAUGGCGUUGACUUAGACCUUGGAUUCACAGUCUUCAAUAGUGUUACGCAUCCGAACAUGAUGGGAUUCUUGAAGAAUCUAGAGGUAGACAUGGAGGAUUCUGAUAUGUCUUUCUCAGUGAGCCUUGACAAUGGCCGAGGCUACGAAUGGGGAUGCCGCCACGGCCUUUCAAGCUUGUUUGCUCAGAAGAGAAACAUUCUCAAUCCGUAUUUCUGGCAGAUGAUCAGAGAAACAAAAAAGUUCAAGGAAGACGUACAAAAAUAUCUAGAAGACCUGGAGCGUAACCUUGAUGUCGACAGAACAGACACCCUAGGAGAGUUUCUCAAGUCUCAUGGGUAUUCUGACGUGUUUCAAAAGGCUUACUUGGUACCAGUAUGUGGUUUGAUAUGGUCAGGUUCAUCAGAGAGCGUUCUCAACCUUUCGGCGUACUCUGUUCUUUCGUUUUGUCGUAACCACCAUUUGCUUCAGCUCUUUGGGAGGCCAGAGGGGCUGACCGUUGCAGGACGUUCUCAGACUUUUGUGGCAAAGGUUAGGGCAGAAUUGGAGAAACGAGGAUGCAAGAUUAUAACAAAUUGCAAUGUACAAUCUGUUGCGACAUCUGAGAAUGGUUGCGUCAUAGUAACAACUGAAGAUGGAUCUCAACAAAUAUUCGAUAGCUGCAUAUUAGCUGUGCACGCACCAGAUGCUUUGAAAUUACUUGGAGAUAAAGUUACUUAUGAGGAGACUAGGGUUCUUGGUGCUUUCCAAUACACUGACAGCGAUCUUUAUCUCCACCGUGACACUGACCUGAUGCCACGGAAGACUGGUGCUUGGAGCGCUUGGAAUUUCCUAGGAAGUUCUGAAAAUAAAGCGAGCGUUACAUAUUGGCUCAAUAUAAUUCAGAAGCUUGGAGAGGAACAUGAUCCAUUCUUUAUCACUGUUAAUCCUGAAUAUACACCGAAGAAAACAUUGUUCAAAUGGACCACUAGUCAUCCUGUGCCCUCCGUUUCCACUUGGAAAGCUUCACAAGAGCUAUACCAGAUUCAAGGGAAGCGUGGUAUAUGGUUCUGUGGUGCAUAUCAAGGUUAUGGUUUCCAUGAAGAAGGACUAAAGGCUGGCAUGGCGGCUUCACAAUGUCUGCUAGGAAAAGAUAUGGUUACAACUUUUACCAACCCGAAACAUAUGGUCCCAUCUGUAACCGAGAAAGGGGCUCGGUUUUUCUUUACUAAAUUCUUGAGAAAUUUCAUAUCAACCGGUUGUAUAACAAUACAUGAAGAAGGAGGUACAGUGUUCACUUUUGAAGGAAAGGAUUCAAGCUGUCACUUGAAAUCUAUCCUUGAAGUCCACAGUCCUCAGUUUUACUGGAAGGUUAUGACACAGGCAGAUUUAGGCCUUGCUGAUGCUUAUAUCAAUGGAGAUUUUUCAUUUUCUGAUAAGGAAAGAGGACUUUUGGAUCUGAUCAUGAUUCUUAUUGCAAACAAAGAAUUGAACUCAAAAAACUCAAAACUUGCUAAGAAAAGGGGAUGGUGGACACCGAUGUUCCUGACUGCCAGUUUAGCAUCUGCAAAUAAUUUUCUAAAGCAUUUUUCUAGGCAGAACACAUUAACCCAAGCUCGAAGGAACAUUUCUCGUCACUAUGACCUUAGUAAUGAGCUUUUUGCUUUGUUCCUGGAUGAUACCAUGACUUAUUCCUCUGCAGUAUUCAAGUCGGUUGAUGAAGAUCUGAGAACUGCACAAAUGAGAAAAAUAUAUCUUCUAAUUGAUAAGGCAAGGAUUGAGAAGAAUCAUGAGGUUUUAGAAAUCGGAUGCGGGUGGGGAACUUUAGCCAUAGAAGUUGUGAAAAGAACUGGAUGCAAAUACACUGGCAUCACACUUUCUAUUGAACAACUUAAGUAUGCAGAAGAAAAAGUGAAAGAAGCUGGACUUGAGGAUCGGAUUAAGUUUAAGCUCUGCGAUUAUCGCCAACUAUCUGAUGCUCACAAAUAUGACAGGAUUAUAUCUUGUGAGAUGCUAGAAGCUGUUGGCCAUGAAUUCAUGGAGACGUUUUUUAGACAUUGUGAAGCUGCACUUGCAGAAGAUGGCAUUUUUGUAUUGCAGUUCAUUUCAAUACCUGAGGAGCGUUAUGAUGAGUACAGACUAAGUUCAGAUUUCAUAAAAGAAUACAUAUUCCCUGGUGGAUGCCUUCCUUCUUUAGCCAGAGUUACUUCAGCCAUGGCAUCUUCUUCUAGACUAUGCAUUGAAAACGUUGAGAACAUUGGGAUUCAUUACUACCAAACAUUGAGAUUGUGGAGGAAGACCUUCUUGGAGAGACAGAAACAAAUAAAUGAUCUUGGAUUCGACGAUAAAUUCAUCAGAACAUGGGAAUAUUAUUUUGACUACUGUGCAGCUGGUUUCAAGACUCUUACCCUUGGAAACUAUCAGGUAGUGUUCUCACGUCCUGGGAAUGUGGCUGCACUUGGGGAUCCAUUUCGCAGCUUCCCUUCUGCUCAAGUAUAAUCAAGAAUAUAUGCAUCUUUUUCAAACUUGCUUAAAGUAUUAUUGCUCUCUCAUUUCUUGUGUUGUUUUCCAUAAAAGAUUCAUAGUUUGGGUGUGAAAGUACAUAUGUAAACUUGUAAGAAUAUAUGCUUCCAUAAUUCUGUGCCAACAAUAUUGUACUGUCCAGACCAUAUAUCAAUUUAUUCUACAAUAAAAGUUCAUAACCGCCUCAA